AUGGGAAGUAAUUACUUUGGUGAACCAAACCUAGGAAAUGACAGAGGAUCAUCUUCAUCUAGAAAAGGCAAAAAAGGCAAUUCAGACAAGCCUAAACAACCUCAAAGAGGGCUAGGUGUUGCUCAGCUUGAAAAGAUCAGAUUGCACAGCCAAAUGGGCUGCACCUACCUUCCUUCUUCUGUUCAUACCCCUUAUGCCCCAAAUUUCAGCCAGGAGGAUAUGAGACCGCCAACAGGCUAUUCUUCUUCUUCUUCGUCCUUCCCAUAUUCAUCAUCAGUAAUAUCUUCCCCUUAUGGAUUUUCAGGCUCCCAUAACUUCAUGAUGGGAUUGCCAGAUUCAGAAAGUGCAAAAAUCAGAUACGAAGAUUCCCAACCGAGCAGUGCUGCAAGAUUGCAUCCUGGCAUUGCAAUAUCAGGAACGCAACAUUUUUCGCAGCCCGGAAACACAAAGCACUUCUUCAACCUAGAGGAAUCGUUGAAUAGGAAGAAGAAAGGUCGGAGUGAUUCGAUGGGCUCAAGUAGUCAGAAUUCUGAAACAAGUGACACCCAAGAAAUAGAUUUGGAGCUCAGAUUAUAA